CUUGAUUCAGCUUUUGACCUCUGUCUCUUGAAUCCAGGGUGUUUCUUCUGUGUCCAGCAUGAAGCCUGUCCCCUCUGCCUUGCUAAUAGCGGUUGUCUUUAUAUCCACUCACAUUCCCCCAAGUAUAUGUAGACCACGGGAUUUAAGUCUCUUUGAUCGCCAUGAUGACUACAAGAACCAGCUGGAUGACGUUUUGCUUAGGGCAGGAAAGGGCGAGGCCAUGUCCUUCCUCAGCAGAGGAAACAGUCGAGGGUACGCGCGAAGAAACGCCUCGCGCUCCCCAACUUUACCCAGCCCGAACGUUUUGGAGGAAAUCGUGGGUUUUACUAAGAGGCAUGACGAUCCGCCCAUAUCAAUCGAUCUCACCUUUCAUCUGCUGCGCAAUAUGAUGGAAAUGGCGCGGAUCGAGAAUCAAAGGGAACAGGCAGAACUGAACCGCAAAUAUCUGGACGAAGUCGGGAAGUAAAAAAGCAUUCUCGAACAGGAAAAUCAGCUCGACGCAAUCUCAGACCUCAGUUUGCUUUCUUGAAGUUUUUGUUAAAGCAUUAUACUGCUCUACUGGGAAAGAAAUAUGACUUAACUGCCCCCAGUGCAAUGGGGAAUGAGGGAAACGCAACAGAGUGGAGAACAGAAUUACAAUCACACAGGAAUGCAAACGGAUAGCAUGAUUUGUGCACGUGUGCUGCAAA